GAGAGAGAAUGCAUGGUGUCAGGGUAACGCUUCCUUGCUUGUAUCCAGGGCCUUUGUGAAUACACCAUGGGAUGCAUCGGCUCACGGAGACUCACGGCAGAUGGAGUGCCAGUAAAGGAUGGGGAACAGCUGUCUAUGGAAGACACCACGUCCAUCCUGCCUCGUCUGAAGAGGAACAACUCCAAUAACUAUGGGAUCGGUGCUCUGGCUAAGUCCUCACUGACAGGUGUGUCAGGUGUGAAUCGCUCCAUGAAGGACAAGGUGACCAAGCCUACAUCCAUGGCCCAAGGCCGGAUGGCACACAUGAUCGAGUGGCAGAACUGGGACAUGUCUGUGGUGGGCCCGGGGGGCGUGUCCGUCCCACGCAAGUCCACGGCAGAGCAGGAGAUGGAGAGACGGUUGGAGAGCGACGCCUACAGCGACCUCAGCGAUGGGGAGAAGGAGGCUCGCUUCACCGCAGGUAUCCUGCAGCAGUUUGCCAUCUCCCAGGCAACGCUCAUGGCCUGGACCUCCAUGGAUGGAGAGAGCCUGAGGUCAGGGUCCAACCAGGGCAGUGUGGCCCACCUCAGCGAGGUUAACCAGGAGAGUAUCACCAGCCGAGACCAGAUAUUGCACCACUCCUCUGCGGACAUGUGGCCCAACACCUAUGUCGCCCAGGGCCUCUACUGCCUCUCCUCCUCUGACGCCUGGGAGCCAAUCAGCAACGAGCCCUCCGGAGUGGCCUCUCCCGCUGCUGGCUCCUACGUGAUGCAGCAGGGCGGGACUUCCUGUGAUGGGUAUGAUGGGAACGCGUUGCAGCAGCAGCAGCAGCAGCAGUUCAACCUACAGCAGCAGAGUCAGCUCCAGCAGCUGCAGCAGCUACAACAGAUACAGCACUACCAGCAACAGCAGCUCCUGUAUCAGCAACAACAGUCUCUGGAGCAAAGGCUGCACAGCGCCAACCACUCUUUGCAAGCCACGCCCAACAGCACCAUCCAUAGCCUGGCCCCUGCCACCCACGCCCCAUUGGUGGACCUGUGGGGGGCGGGCCAGACAGGGUCCUAUCACACUGAUAUUGGAGGGUACAACAUAGGCGUGGCAGCGGUGGUGGAGGCGGCUCUGAAUGUUCCGUCUGGGGAUGAGGGGGCAGGGACAGAACAUUCCCCUCUGCUGGAGCAGCAAGAGGAGGAAGAUGAACUGAAGGACGAGGAGCUAACACUCUGCAUGGAGCCGGAGUCUGCCACUCUAACACAGAGAGAUGAAGCCGUCACCUCCGGGGGCAGUAGUCCUGGGCAACGUAGUCCUGGGCAACGUAGUCCUGGGCAACGUAGUCCGGGGCGCAGUAGUCCAGGGCAACCAGCACAGCAAAUCACAGAGCGGAAGGCCUCUGAUGUCAGCUGUGGAGGCAUCCAGAUUCUGGAGGAGAAGGAAGAGAAGCAAGGGUCUGCUGUUGCUGCCAUGGCAACCAACUGAUCGACAGAUUGCCCUGAGAGUCGUGACAGACUGACCCUCAGCGUCAGGAAUGACUGAUCCUAAUAAUGAAAUAUUUAUCAAUAAAUCUGUUCCUUUUCAGGUAUCAAACACAUUUUUAUGGGAUAUAAACUCUUGUGACCACUGAAGAGCAGAGGAGGAAGAUUUGGAAACAGAGUCACGCAGUGACAACAGCUGGUCCAACUGACAACUUUUUUUUG